UUCUUCUCUUCCCUUGUUUCUGUUUCCGUUCGAUUGAGUGAUACGAUUGAGAGUUUGGUUUGAGAGAAUCAUUUGAUGUUGAUGAGUAGAUGAUGAAGGGGAUGAUGUAGAUAUGAAUCUUGAGAAGAAACGAUGGAUUGAAGAGAAUUUAGAGUUAGGGUUUCGGGAUUUGCAUCUGAGAUAAAUCCGGUGAUGAUGGUUGGAGCUAUAAGCUGGGGGAGAUGGUUUAAUCAAAUACUCAGAGAUGUACUUCGAUGUUGAGGCUAAUUAAGUUUGGAAAGAAACGAAUUUGAGAAAUCAGUGAGCUAGGGUUUUCAUAAGAAGUUUGAGGAAGAAUUAGAAGAUGAAGUUUAUGGUUAGGGGAUUGAAUUAAAGGUGGGUUUGUUCGUAAUUGAAGUUUAAUCAGAUGUAUCGGGUUUAAUAACAGUUUUGAUGGAACAUAGACUUAGGGUUAGGUAGUUUGAAUAUUCGAUGAAGGAGAUGGAAUUGAUGGCGAGAAGAUUAGUAGAGGAAGAUUUCUGAAUCGGUUCGAAGUACAAGAGAACCUGAUUCAAUUGCCUGUGUGAAACUGUUAUAAGGUAAUUGUCUUCUUCUGUAAAGUUAGUGAAGUUGUAUUCUUUUUAUUGAGAUUCAAGUUGAGUUGUUGUGGAUGUGUGAAUAUGGAGAUUAGAUGUAUGUUUAGGAAAUUACAGGUGUUGGUGUUGUCUAUGAGAUGAUGAAAUUGGCAGGGUUGUACAGUAGGUGCUUUUGUAAGAAGUAAGAUGGAAUUCUAGUGUGUAUAACUAGAGUUAUUGAAUGGAAUGUUGCUUAAAAUUGGUUAUGCUGAGAUUGAGAUUACAGUUUGUGAUGGUGGUGUUGAAUUGAGUUUAAGGCAGUGGUAUGAGAUGCAAUUGGAUUAUUGCUCAGCUGAUAGUGGUGUUAAACCUUAAGUGUUUUUGUUAGAGGGAUUGAACUGAGUUUAUUUUGGAUGUGUGAAUUGUUGAUAAUGUUGAAGUGAAGAGUGUACUUGUGUUGCUAGUGGGUUGUACAGGUGAAAAUAUAAAUGAGGAAUUUGGAGUGGCAAGUGUGUUUCAAUUAGCAGAAUGGUCUUGCAAUUGAAGGUUGUUAACUGAAAUUGGGGUGAAUUAGUUUACUUGAGAUGACAGUGUUGAGGUAAUGGAGUUACAAUUGAGAUGAUGUUGUAUACGGCUUGUGAUAUUUGAUAGAUUUGACAGUUCAAUGAAGGAGGUGGGAUGAAUUUAGAAAUAGGUAUGUUACGGUAUUACAAAGAUAUGAAGUUAGAUGUAUUGUUGGUACUGGGAUGGAGGUGUAGGUGAAGUAAUUAGUGGCUCAGGUCAAGAAGGAAGUUAGAAUGGUGAUGUAAAGUUGUAGAUAAUGAUUGCUGUGAAAGCUUGUUACUGCUGCUUUUGCAGGUAAAGCUUGAAUUAUCAUUGUAUUGAAAUUAUAAAACUAUAUAGAUUGAAAGUUUGUAUUUUGAUCAAUUGAAUAGAGUCAGGUAGCUAGUGAAACUGUAAGUACACCACAUUGUUUGCAUGUUAUCCCAGUCAAUCUAGAUUACUCCCUUGAAUCAGUCUUGUGUUCUGAGUUGGAUCACUGAGUUAACCCUGAUCGAUUCUUAUGUUGACCAGAACCAAUUGACUUUGAUUUGACCGAAUUGACUCAGUUGAUCGAUUCUUGUUUGACUUUGAUCUUGACCUUCACCUUAACCGUUAGUCACCGUUAUUUGAUUCUGUUGGACUGGACCUUAGUUUAGUGGGCUUGUUAAGUGGGCUUGAGCUUAGGAUUAGUUUUCCUAGUUCGAUGUUUUGACCACUUAUAGUCUGAAUUGACCUUUGGCUUAUUCUACAAGGAUGUAGAUAUUCAUAAGACUUAGCUACGGACUAUAGAAUCAACCUAAUUGGAUUAGUAAACUCUUAAUUAUGUUAAAGAUAGAGAAUGAGAUACCAUAAUGAGUGUAGAACCAUUAGAUUGGAAUGUAUGAUUCUUGUAUGAGCCAUUUUGGCUAGCUUCUUAGACUUUUUGUGUGAUUAACAGUUAGUCUUUAUUAACAACGAUCGAUUCAAAGGAUGAACUAGUGGAUCAUGGAUCUCGAGGUAGGCGUGGAUUGUCAUCAAAAGAGAAAAGAAGAAAAGAGGAAGAGAAGAUCAGCAGAAGUAACACCUUCUAGUGAGCCCACUCCGCAACCCCGUCACGGAAAACCAUUGGGUGCAAACGCAAGGAAUACAAGUGAAGGUGUACUUGUUAUUACUGGAGGAAAUGAUGGUGUUUCUCUUACUGGAGGAAAUAAAGGUGGAGGUGAGACUGGAGGAAAUAAAGGUGGAGGAAAUCAAGGUGAAGUUGUUUCUGGAACAAAUGAAGGUGGAGGAAAUGAUGGUCUUGCUGUUACCGGAGGAAAUGAAGGUGGAGGAAAUGAUGAUGUUGCUGUACUGGAGGAAAUGAAGGUGGAAGAAAUGAAGGUGGAGAAAAUCAAGGUGUACUUGAUAUUAAUGAAGUUGGCACUUCUAGUGGUUCUGCUAUUGAUAAAGGUAAAGCAGUGGUUGAGGAGGACAAGAAGGAUGGAAAAAAGAAGUAUCCACCAAAGGAAAAUGCAAGUGAAAUCAUUGAUGCCAUGGAGUUUAUACCUAAGAAGGGUAAUUGGAGACCUUGGGGGUGAGCCAAGAGAUCGUUCCGUCUUGAUGGGUGGUAGGUUCGGAAACCUACAAUAAGAUACUGCAAGUGCACAACGUCUAACUAGUAGACAAUGGCAAGUACAGGUCGUUCCCACGAGGAGUGUGAAAUACCACUACUAAUUAAUAUCAAAAAUCAACUAACCAAAUUCAAUAUUUUUAGAAGUUUAUGGAACAACGAAAGCAAAAUAAUACUAAAAACGGACCCAAGGAUGUGAAAGUGUUAAGGAUCCGGGAAUCCGUUGUAGGUGAGUUACUUGCAUUUAAUCACAA